ACCUCUUUCUGGCUUCAAUGGGGUCCUUUUGGGGUUCCUGGUUGGCAUUAAGCAACUUAUUCCUGAUCAUGAGCUGGGUGUAUUGAAGAUUAAAGUGAAGCAGUGGAUUCCAUCCCUUGUUGUUUUGGUAUCAAUAGCUGUAAGCUUCUUUAUAACAGAAUCGGCAUCUUACCUUCCAACUUUAAUAUUUGGCAUCUACAUGAGUUGGAUUUACCUGCGCUAUCUCCAAAGGAAACCUGAAACAAACCUCAAGCGAGACCCAAGUGAUGAGUUUGCCUUCUCCACCUUCUUCCCUGAAUUUUUGCGGCCAAUUAUCGAUCCCAUUGCAUCUAUAUUUGAUCGGAUGUUUUGCAGCAGAUCUGAAAUUUCCAAUGAAGCCGAGGGUAAUACUUUGGGAGCUACUCCAUUGCCUGGUUCGGACCCUAUUGAGGAAUCCAGGAGGAGAUUUUCCAUGCAAAUUCAUGGUGCAAGACAAACAAGUGAAAGGUAUUUUCUUUCCAUUGAGCUGAUAUCAUGUUUAUGACAGCUUAGGACAGCAUGGUAAUUCUCCUUUUGA